AUUGGUUGGCUGGCUGUGACGUCACCUACGUGACUGUCAACGUCGCAGACAUGGCGGAAGUGAAAGUGUUUCCUUUGUGCUGUGUGGUGCAGAGCUAUGCCUGGGGUAAAGUGGGUCAGGACAGUGAGGUGGCCCGCCUGCUGCUCGGUGGAGACCCUCAGGCUCUCAUAGAGGAGACCACACCAUACGCAGAGCUAUGGAUGGGUGCUCACCCCAAAGGAGACGCUCUCAUCAAGGACAACAGGAUAUCCCAGAGGACCCUGGGACAGUGGAUUGCAGAUUUCCCAGGAUGUCUGGGGUCAAAGGUCAAAGACACAUUCCACGGGCAGCUCCCGUUCCUUUUCAAAGUGCUGUCCGUCAACACGGCUCUGUCCAUCCAGGCACAUCCCAACCGGGAAUUGGCUGCUCGACUCCAUGCACAGUUUCCUGAACAUUACCCAGACAACAACCACAAGCCGGAGAUGGCCAUCGCUCUCACACAGUUUGAAGGUCUCUGCGGCUUUCGGCCGAUGGAUGAAAUCUUGGGCUUCCUCAAAAAUGUCCCAGAGUUCCGUGCGCUGGUCGGUAACGAAGCCGCUGAGGAGCUCCAGAGCGCAGACGGAGACCCGGGCCGGACGUCUCUCGCUCUGAAGAAAUGUUUCACCAGGAUGAUGAACUGUGAGAAGAAGCUGUUCGUCGAUCAGCUCAACAUGCUGGUCAAACGCAUCUCAGAAGAAGAGGCUGCAGGUAAAGACACCUCGGGAAGUAAUGGAGAGCUGCUACUGCGGCUGCAUUCCCAGUAUCCGGGGGACAUCGGAUGCUUUUCCAUUUACUUCCUGAACCGUAUCGUGCUGCAGCCGGGGGAGGCCAUGUUCCUGGGAGCAAAUGAGCCUCACGCUUAUCUGUCUGGAGACUGUGUGGAGUGUAUGGCGUGCUCUGAUAACACCGUGCGUGCCGGACUGACUCCCAAAUACAUUGACGUGGACACACUCUGUGAGAUGCUGAAUUACAGCCCGGCUCCAGUCAGUGCCAAAAUCUUCCCCUGCAUACGGGACAACGCCGACCCCUGCGUCUACCUCUACGACCCUCCAGUGCCAGACUUCACCGUCAUGAGAAUACAGAUCCCCGCCUCGGCGCAGCAGUACACUGUGAGCGCGCUGGACUCCGCUGGCAUCCUGCUGGUCAUCGACGGAGAGGCGGUCGCCACGUCUGCUGCGGCCCUCUCUGACAUCACUCUGACACCAGGCUCUGUGCUUUUCAUUUCAGCCAAUGAGAGUGUCUCUUUAGAGGUGACAUCAUCGUCGGGCAUGACCAUGUUCAGAGCCUGCUGCUUACUGUAGGAGACGUCCGCUUCAUAAACGUUGAUCUGUUCUGUCCUGAUCUAAACCAAUGGUUCACGUAGAAAUCCUGGUCCCAUGUUUUUGGCUUCAUCUGGGAUGAACAUGCAUGAUGAAUAACCUCUAUUUAAAGGAACAGUUCACCCAAAAAUUUAAAUUCUGUCAUUUACUCCAAAACCGUCUCAUUCUUCCACAAAAGAAGAUAUUUUAAAGAAUGUUGGUAAGCAAAUCGUUUCUGGUCCCACUGACUUCCUUAUGUUUUUCCCACACUGUGGAAGUCAGUUUCACUAGCAACUGUUUGCAUACUUAGAACAACUUGAGAGUAAAUGAUCACAUAGUUUUCAUUUUCGAGUGAGCUAUCCCUUUAAGUUGGAGUAUUAUGAUGACAUUUAGUGUUAAAAUAGCUAUGCUUAAUCAUUAAAUAAAAUAUGUAAUGAAACUUGAUGAUUGAAUUAUGAUUCUGCAACAUGAAAACCUCUGCAUGUUCUUUUGAAAUUUGUAAAAGUAUAUAAUUCCAUUGAGUCGACAUGAAAUGCUGUUCGCACCAUUUUACUUUAAUAAUGUGACAUUUACGAGAAAAAAUAAAUAAAUGUAGGAUGGAAUUCGGUUGGAUUAUAAAAUAUGUGUGUUCCAGAAUGAAGUCAGACCAGAAUGAGAGUUUAAACCACCAGCAUUAAAGCAAGUUCAUACAAAGAGGAGUUUGCAGUAAAUGUACUUACCCUCCGCCCCUUUUAUGAUGUAGAUGAGUUUUGGAGAAAUGUGGCAUUACGUCACUUGCUCACCAAUGGAAAGUGUUGCCAAGUCAGCGGUUUUCUCUCAGAAUUGGGUUACUUUUACACUGUUUCCGCAGGUUGUUUUUCAUGUCAGCUCCAAUAACGUGAUUUUUAACCCAUGAAAUGCCAAAAAACAUGCAUUUUACCCCAGAUACGCAAUUUUUACAGGGUUAGUUUUGAGUAGCAAAUUUGGGCUGGUUAUGUUGUGAAAACCUGGCAAUGUCUGCAGUGAAUGGGUGCCGUCAGAAUUAGUCCAAACAUGUGACAUAAACAUCUCCGUAAUCCACACCACUCUCUUGAGAAAUGAAAACUGUGUUUGUAUGAAACAAAUACAUCUUUUUUUGACUUUUUUUAAUUUUUAUUAUAAAAUAUGAAUUACUUGUGGAUCAUUAUGAUGUUUUUAUCAGCUGUCUGGACUCUCAUUCUGACGGCACCCAUUCACAUCCAUUGGUACAUUUCUCCAAAUCUGAGGGUGAGUACUAUUUCAGCUAAUUUAAACUUUUGGAUGGACUAUUUCCUAAAGAAAGUAAACAAAGUCAGUUUUGAUUUCACGUUGGCACAUAUAAAUGCAUGGAUGCAUGAUCACUCACUUUUGGCUGCAAGAUAUGAACAUUUUAUUAAACAAAAUUUGUUCCAUCAGAGAUUUUUUGCAUAAGGAUGCAACACCUUUUGCAUGUGUUAAAAAAAAAAGAACCCAAAAGGAGGACAGUAGCAAUUUUACUUUUACAUUAAAACCUGGUUAACAUACACUUGAGAUCAAUUUGAACAUUUUACACACCUGUUUCUUGGUAUUACUGCUAAAGAACAAUGAGUCCUUGUUACGGAUGCACUCUUCCAUGGUAAAAGAGUUUUAUUGAAGCAGUUGUUGCUAAACGAAGCACUUCUGUGACAGACACAAGUUUUGUGAUUUGAUUACCAGUGCAACUGAUUUUAAAAAUAACCCUGCAAGUGUUUUCAUAUAUGUUAAACUUUGUUACCGAUUUGUAUCCUCCCUUGUAAGUGGCUGUAUGGCUUGAUCUGUGGUUAUGCUUUAUUGCUGUAGUUACUAUUUGCACUAGCAGUGUGGAGAGCACAAAGGAUGCUGGGAAUUACCGGCGUCCUGAUGUUUGUUUACUGUAUUUUGAGUGGCCUCUUCAGAUUCGUACAUGUUAAAUCAGAAGACUGACCUCAAACGUGUUGAUUCCUGGGAUUCUUUCUAUAUUUUGGGAGCCGUGUUAUUCUGAAGUGUUCUGGGAUCAAAGCAUGCGAAGGAUGAAUGAAUGUACAGUAUGGUGCUUUCUGAGCUGUAAUGGAGCAUGUGUCUGAUAAGAACAACUCUGUAUGUAAUCCCUAAUAAAUAACGAUUCUGUAACCUUUAA